AGUAAAAAUAUGUAAACUUUUUAAGAGAAUUUAAAACAACGAUCAGUAUUAGUAUUAAUUUUAAAAAUCCAUGCCCUUCUCUCAAACUUCCCGAGUUCGGAUUCUCUGGUAAUAUUUAUGGGGUAGAAAGAACCACUUUAUCUUGUCAGUGCUCGAAUGGGGAAAUCGUCCGCUUCGCGCAAGAAGAAACGUUCUAAGAAAUCCUUGAAGGUACGGACAAGUGGUAAAAGUAAGAGCAGGAGACAUACAUCCAAGAAACUGUGGCGGCAGCGUGAGGCAUCUCUUUCCAUCUCUGACUAUAGCGAUUCAUUGAGUUCAGACACCUCAUUGUCUUCUAGUCCCAAGGAUAGCUACAGAAGUCGAAGAGCUCGGUCUUCCAAAAGGAAAAAUGAGGAAGGUCGAAGGAAAAUGGCCAAGAGACAUUCCUAUAGACAUGAAAGCAGUGAUGACUCUCGCCAUGAUACGAAGAGAAAGAGGGCAAAGAGAAAGAGUGAGCAAGAGGCGAGGCAGAAACCAUAUAAGAAGAAAAAGCUUAGGAAAGAAGCAAUUGUUAGUUCUAUGAGCAAUGGGUCAUUGAGCUGCUCAACCUGUUAUGGUGAGAGUGCUGGCAGUGAUGAUAAUGAACCUGAAAGGCAUAGGGGAAGAGUAGAAAGAAAAAGAAAGGAAAAAAGACCGGAUAGAGGCAGAAGUGAAAGUGAAAGAAGUAAUAGAUACAGAGCCAGAAGUUGCUCAUCCUUCAGUUUCUCUGGUGAAAACAGUGAUCAAUGGACCGAGGAGAAAUAUGUCAGUAAGAACAGCUCAAGGCGACUCAAAUCAGUUAUUACUGUUGCAGAGGAGGCAGAGGAAACAAAAGAAUUAUGUCACUAUGAGACUAAAGAGGAGAUUGUUGAUGAUUAUGAUUACCCCUCUAGAAGUAAUGACAGUAAUGAUGGGGGCAGUAAGAGAGAAUCAGACCACCAUUCUCUUCCCACUUCAAAAGAAAAAGUGGGAAUUGAGGAUACAGAAGUUGAUAGGAUUGCUGUUUCUAAUUUAACAGAACCUGAAAGAGAUCAGAACCAUAAUAACAACAGCCAAUUUGACAGAAGUGAGCCUGAUAUUUAUGGUGCUGGGACCAGUGAAUCUGUGGAGAAGAAAACAAGUGAGACUUCUGGGGCUAGUUUGGAUGACGAAGACUUGGAGGCAAUUCUAAGAAAAAGGGCAUUGGAAAACUUGAGAAAGUUCCGAGGUGAGAACCAGUCAAGUGCCAAAGCUUCCGGUCAGAAGAUUAGAAGAGACAAUGAUGUGAUUCAACCUCCUAUUAAGAGCCAUGAAGUGGUUCAAGGCAAGUCUAUUGUCAAUAAUGCAGGUAAGGGGGAGAAUUUUGACGAGAUAACCAUUGCAGAGGAUAUUAAUUUGGCUACAGUGAGGAGAAAGUCAGUAGCUUCUUCGAGUGAAAAAGAAAAUCUAAAUGGUGCUAAAGGUGAAGCCGUACCGCUGAAGCAGGAUUCUGCGUUUUCUUCAGAAAAAAUAAUGGAUGCAGACAAGCAUAAUGAAACAGCCCUACCAUCUGCUAGUUAUGCAUCUAACAAUUCAGGACAUAAAAAGUUGGUGGUGACAGAGAAUGCUAUAGAUAGGCAUGCUUCUGAUCCUGUUCAUAGUAGCAAUGGUGAUAUAAAAAACAUUCGAGAAUUGUGUUCUGCGACAGAAAAACCUCAUAAAGAGCAAGAUGAAGUUAAGGAUCACUUUCAAUUUGAAUUGAAGCAAACAUCAACCUUGGACAAACUUCAUCAUUCUGAGUGCCCACCAACCGCGGGUAAUGUAGACCAGAAUGCAGCUAAGACUCAUGAUACAAUUCAGGGCGCUAGUAGUAGAAGAGAUGUUGACAAGCCAUGUGUUUCUGUUAUUGGUAACCCUUCCUCAGAAAGCUCACUAGUAGAAAAUAGCUCAAAUAAUUUGCAGGGUGAAGCCAGUCAGGGAUCCCAAUUUGAGCAGAAAACAAUGAAUGUGAUGCGCGGUGGUGAAAUGGUUCAGGUGAGCUACAAGGUCUAUAUCCCAAACAAAACCCCAGCUUUGGCUAGAAGGAAACUUAAGCGAUGAUCAUGUAUCUUUGCUUCUGGUGAGAAAAGAUUAUGUGGAAUCAUUGCUUCGCACAUGGAAUGAGUUAAUGAAUAACCAGGAAAGUAAAAGAAUUUGUGGUAAAAUGUCAUUUCGGCUAUAGGUAGACCUUGGAACUGUAAUACUAUAUAUAGUAGUUUAUUUCAGAUGAUAAGAGUAGGUGAUUAUGGAGAUAUUCUCAAGUAAGCUUAGUUUUUGUUGUUUAACACAAAAAAUUAGUAGAAUAAAAGUUAAUUAUAAACAAACAUGUAAGCGUGUAGAAGAUAGAUUUUGUUAAAAAGCUUGUCAGGCAUGUUUACAUGCAUAUUUAGAUUAGUUUUAUCUAUUUGACUUGGUAAAAAUGGUACCGAGGAAAGCUCUUGGUCUUUGGGUUA